AUGGCGCCCACCUGCAACCACGAGACUAGAGCCAGUGAGCUUGUUCGCCACUACGCUCCUCAAAUCGCUGGAAAGAUUAUUCUGAUCACCGGCGCCUCCCCAGGGAGUCUUGGCGAGAGCUUCGUGAAGCAAGUUGCCGUAGCACAGCCUGCCAUUUUCAUCUUGGCCGGCCGCUCCAUCCCCAAGAUGCAGGGCCUCAUUGACGAGCUUAGCAUCACGCACCCAAGCAUCACGGUCAAACCCUUGGCCCUAAACCUGCUCUCAUUGGCCGACGUCCGAAAAGCGGCUGAGACCGUCAACUCCUGGACUGACGUGCCUCACAUUGACGUCCUGGUCAACAACGCUGGCAUUAUGGCGGUGCCAUACAGACAGAGCGAGGAUGGUUUCGAAAGCCAAUUUCAAACAAACCACCUCAGCCACUUCCUCUUCACUAAUCUCAUCAUGGGGAAGAUCCUAGCCUCGAAGACCCCGCGCGUUGUGACCGUCUCGAGCGGCGUGCACCGCGUCGGCCAUAUCCGCUGGUCCGAUCAUAACUUCAACGAGGGCAAGCACUACCAGCGGUGGCUGGCGUACGGCCAGUCCAAGACCGCCAACGCCCUGAUGGGACUUUCGCUCGCCGAGAAACUCGGCUCCCGCGGUCUCCUCUCCUUUCCGAUGUGCCCGGGGGUUAGUUUCACGAACCUCUCAGCGCACGGGAUGGAUGACCUGGCCUCUUUCUCUGCCGACCUCACGGAGAUGGACAACCUGUAUGGAAAUAAGUCGUUGUGGGGCAUGGCCGAGAUGAAGAUCAAGGACUUGGAUCAAGGCGUAGCAACGCAUGUUUUUGCUGCGUUUGACACAGGUAUUGCGGAGCACAACGGUGCCUUUUUGAGUGAUUGCCAUGUUGCGGACCCGGACCUGGAAGAAGUAUACUCGUGGGCAACCAGCAACGUCGACGCAGAGAGGCUAUGGAAACUUAGCGAGAAGCUUGUCGGUCAGGAGUUCAAGUAUUAG